AUGUCUACGGAACAGAUAUCCUUUUCACCUUAUUACAGGGGUGAGCUCCUGUUGACACUGGAUGAGGCAAAUAAGCUUAACCAGGACCUUUUGGACUCUGAAUACAAAUUCGAGGUGGUUCUGGAAGUGUAUUCGGCCCCCAAGGUUGUGAUUAAGAAGUCGAAGUCGUCAGAGCUGAACCACCUGAAACAGCAUUCGAUGCCAGACGAGUACCUGCCGUCGAGAUCAGCAAAGAAGAGAGGCUACUCGCCCACGGAUUCCAUGAGCAGAUACGACUCAUACGGAGCCAGCUCCACCGAGAAUUUCGAGAAGAGAAGCUCGCGCCCUAGAAAGCAGACUCUGUCGUUCCUGGAGGAGUUUUACGACGAGCCGUCGCACUACGCACACUCUGACCACUACCACAGGCCAGAAAAGUCAAAGUCGGCCAAGCCGCCGAGUUCGAAGCACGUGCACAAGGAGCCGAAGCAAGUGAAGAUUUUGUACAGAACGGUGCCGAUCUCAACGAAGCACCUGCCGAAGCUGCCGAAGAACACAUGGGAAUACUCAUGCUAUCGUAUACUUCAGACAAUCAAGUACAUGGACACCGACAAGUGGUUCUGGUACCCCGUGGACCCGGUGGUGGACGGAGUGCCUGACUACCUGGACAUAAUAAAGAGGCCGAUGGACUUUCACACGAUCACGGAGAGGCUGCACACGAACCACUACUCGAGCCCCUACGGGUGGCAGGUCGACAUGAGGCAGAUAUUUUACAACGCGUUCCUCUUUUACCAGAGGGAGAACAUCAUUUGGCAGGCUGCGAACAACCUUUCCGUCGCACUGGAGAGCAAGCUGAAGACCUCCAAGUACAUUAACCCGGACGAGUUCUACGAGACGCUCUCCAUGGACCCGGCGAAGCUGAAGGAGGAAAUAGAAAACAUGCACGCGCCGAGGGGCAGGAAGGUCUACGACAGCUGGGUCACGCAGAUCCAGAACGUCGACGAGGUGAGGACGAAGAGGAAGUUCGGGAGACCCGCGAGGCUCGAGGACGAGAACUUCGUGGACCUCGACUCCGCGAGCUCCUCAGACAUCUCGGACGACGACGAGUACGUCAACCUCAACACCAAGUACGCCGCGAAGAGGGCGGUGAGGCAGGACAGGGGCCUGAGGCAGGAGCGAGCGCGAGGCGAGGCGACGGUACGGAGGAGGAAGCAGACCAAGUUCGGAGGCAAGACCUUCUUCUCCGAGGACCUGCCCGAGUACGGCUUCGUGCCGCAGCCGCCGACGAUUCAGAAGAUGCUCAACGACAAGCCGCUGACAGUGACGCAGCAGAAGACGCUCCAGGCCAACAUGGCGAGGCUGGCGCCGAACCAGCGCAAGGCGGCGCUCGAGCUGGUCCAGGACGACCUGGGCAUCCUGGCAGACAGCCACAAGGACGACCAGCACUUCUUCUUCGACACCGACCUGCUCUCGAUAGAGCGGCAGAAGCAGUUCUUCACGUACGUGAGCCAGAUGGCCAAGACCAACAUUGAGCACAUGCUCAAGAACGAGAAGGCGAAGGCGGCGAAGCAGCCUGUGGAGCUGAGGAUGCUCAACGUCUCGGAGUCCUUCAGGACCACCUCGGGCAUGUUCAGCGAGUCCUCGAGCACCUCCUCGAUCUCGGACGUCGCCUCGAACCUGCUCAGUUCCGACGAGUUCUUCAGCUCCUCAGGGUCCGAAAACGACAUUGUUCCCGAGAAGCCGGUGCGCACGGACACGCCAAAGGACGUUGGACUGCCCGAGUACCUGCCCGUCGACGAGAUGGACAGCGACAAGUCGCACUUGAGCGAGGGGAUCAUGGGCAACCACGCCGACUUUUUGGGCAAGAUUGACACUCCGAGCGAAUCCGACACCGUCUCUAACCCUGGCAAGAAGACCGCCUGGAUGGACUGGAAGGGCCAGGCGAUUCACCACCGUGACGUUGCUCAGCAGACUGCCGUGCCUCCCCGCAACGAGGACGAGCAAAUCGCAGAAAGUUUCGACGCUCGCAUUUGA